AUGAAUCGUAACCGUGUUGAAAAGUUCAGAAAGAAACUAAACCACAUCAGCAUCUCAGAUUAUUACGGCCUGAACAGUCCAGGUCUUACCUGCUAUUUAAACAGCGUGCUUCAGGUGCUUUUCAUGACUGAAGACUUCCGGGAGGCAAUAAAACGAUGCCUCAUUAAAGAUCCAACAACCAUUGACCAACACCUGGAAAGAUUGUUUACUGAUUUAAAACAGAGUACGGCCAAAACACAUGGCAUCACCGAAACGCUGGGGAUUACAGACGUAUAUAAGCAACGUGAUGCUGCUGAGUAUUUUGAGAAGAUCCUGUGUCUGACCAAUCCAGAGGCAUCCAAGAUAUUCAAGGGAGAGCUGAAUCACAAGACCAUAUGCCUCAAAUGCAAGGAGAGGAACGAUUGCAGGAGCUUUUUCUGGACUCUGCCACUUACGGUGGAAAGUUCAUUUGGUCAAAUCUACAGCGUGGAGAAAGGGUUGAAGGCAUUCUUCAAGGAAGAAAAAGUCUGCGGGGACAACAAGAUGUACUGCGACCGCUGCAGUAAAAAGCAAGAUGCAGACUUUGAAUGUGAGAUAACACAAAAUCCAGAGAUUCUGACCCUGCUGCUGAAGAGAUUCAGCUUUGACUUCAAGCGCAGGUGUUAUUUCAAGCUUCACUGUGAAGUUGACGUGCCCCAAACUUUACACAUAAAGAGUUGCACGUAUGACCUCUACGCUUUAGUGAACCACUUGGGUAAUCUAAUGGGAGGUCAUUAUACUGCACAAAUCAAAUCUUUUGAAACUGAUGCAUGGUAUCAGUUCGAUGACCACACUGUUCAAAGCCUCCAACGACCACUCUUUGUGGCUGGAAAGAACUCUUUGAGGUCUUCCACUGCUUACCUGCUCAUGUACAGGAAGGUGAACAAAAAUCCAGGACCAGGUGACCAGGAAGCUUAUUUUGCACAUUCAGAUGUUGAAUCUGAAGGAAGACGUGACAAAGCAGAGAGAGGAGAGGUUCCUGUUCCUCGUCAUCAGCUGAAGGACAACGGAGGGAAACACUUGAGACACUCCAAUGGUGAUAUAGUAAAGAAGAGCAACGAUGACACGUGUGGCACUCUGGUGGUCCAAGUGGCCCCACUAUCUGUGCACAUGAAGUCCUGA